ACUUCCCAGCAGCGCCCGGGGCGCCUUCCGAGGACUCCAUUUACCAGAGGACCGCAGGAGGGCGCCCCCUGGUCCCGCCCCCUCCCCGGUCCCGCCGCGUGGCUGGAGAGUCGGCCCGCGCCGGAAGCCGCUCUCCCGGCCAGGGGAAGGUGGGGAAGGGUGCAGGUGCAGCCAGCAUGGGCGAGCCCCAGAGGUCCACGCGGAUCCUAGUGACUGGGGGCUCCGGGCUGGUGGGCAGAGCCAUCCAGAAGGUGGUAGCAGAUGGAGCCAGGCUGCCCGGAGAGGACUGGGUGUUUGUCUCCUCCAAGGAUGCCGACCUCACGAAUGCUGCACAGACCCGGGCACUGUUUGAAAAGGUCCAGCCCACACACGUCAUCCAUCUUGCUGCCAUGGUGGGGGGCCUCUUCCGGAACAUGAAAUACAAUUUGGACUUCUGGAGGAAAAACGUGCACAUCAACGACAACGUGCUGCACUCGGCCUUCGAGGUGGGCGCGCGCAAGGUGGUCUCCUGUCUAUCUACCUGCAUCUUCCCGGACAAGACCACCUACCCUAUCGACGAGACCAUGAUUCACGAUGGGCCGCCGCACAGCAGCAAUUUUGGCUACUCUUAUGCCAAGAGGAUGAUCGACGUGCAAAACAGGGCCUACUUCCAGCAGCACGGCUGCACCUUCACCGCCGUCAUCCCCACCAAUGUUUUCGGGCCGCAUGACAACUUCAACAUCGAGGACGGCCACGUGCUGCCCGGCCUCAUCCACAAGGUGCACCUGGCCAAGAGCCGCGGCUCAGCCCUGACGGUGUGGGGCACGGGGAGACCCCGGAGGCAGUUCAUCUACUCACUGGACCUGGCUCGGCUCUUCCUCUGGGUCCUGCGGGAAUACGACCAGGUGGAGCCCAUCAUCCUGUCAGUGGGCGAGGAGGACGAGGUGUCCAUCCGGGAGGCGGCCGAGGCCGUGGUGGAGGCCAUGGACUUCCACGGGGAGGUCAUCUUUGAUACCACCAAGUCAGAUGGGCAGUUUAAGAAGACGGCCAGCAACAGCAAGCUGCGGGCCUACCUGCCUGACUUCCGGUUCACACCCUUCAAGCAGGCCGUGAAGGAGACCUGUGCCUGGUUCACUGACAACUACGAGGAGGCCCGGAAGUGAAGCACAGCUGCGGCCGCGGGGCCAGGGGCCUCCUUUUCCUGGUGCCCUGGCGGCUGCUCAGCCAGUGGAACCCAGCGGCCACCACCCUCAGAGCCUGCCCGGAGUUGGGAGCACUGCCCCCCCGGUGGUGGGCCCGUGCUUCACCCCCUACCAGGGUAGCUCUGGGUCACUGUCCAGAGGGGCCAUGUCCGUCCUCAGGGAAAGAAAGGCCCGGCCAGGCCGGCACCUUGCUCCCCAGCACCGGUCCCCGAGUGUGUCCAUUCCUGAGUCCCUGGGAGCCAAUAAAGUGCGUUUGUUUCCACAG